GUGAUAUUUACAGGCUGCAGGGAGUACGGAGGGGCUAAGUCGCUAGUGUACAGAGCGCAAUUGUGCUCUCCACUAGCGGAGCCUAAUUUUUGAUUUUUAAAACUGGAAAUUCAUCUCUUAAAGUUACCAGUAUUGGCUUUUUGUUGUACCUGGUAACUUCGGGGGACACUUCUGCCUGAGGCGUUUCUCAACUCAGAAAAUGAUUUAUAACUGUUGGUAGCUAUUAUGUCAGACAAGCCCCAAUUGGGCAAACUGGAUUUUAGCAAAUGCCAGGAGGGCUGCUGUAAGAGGCCAUAGAAAGUCACUGGUGGGGGCUGUUUGGGCUUUUUCAUACUUGAAGUGCCAGGGUCUAGUUUGAAUCCCAGUUGAGGCCUGAUGGCAGACAAGCAGCUAUCUGCUAAAAUAAGAGUGUGGGGAGAGCUGAAGUUGAUGGAAUGAGGAAUAAUCGCGCAAUAACAAACCCCCCCUGAGGCGCCUGCGGGCUGUGCGACACUACAGGGUAAAGGUCCCUGGGGAAGCUCCAUGCGUUAUGGUCGCACUCAGGGUCAUGGUUCAUUAUGUGAGGCGGUGGCCUGCGGCUCUUACUGCCAUUAGGACUCGUUCCAAGGCUGCAGGGCACAGGUUCCUGCCCGGCCGAGCCAUGUCUGUCUCCUUGCAGGUCUCCCCCACUCGCUGCCUGUUUGACGAACCCCUGAGUGUGAGCGGGUCCGGCUUGAGCCCCGGGCAGGAGGUGACUCUCCGGGCAGCAGUUACUGAUGAAUCCGGGGAGACCUUUACCUCGUUUGGCCGAUACCGGGCAGGGAGUAGCGGGGAGUUGGACCUAUUGAAGUGUCCUGCUCUGGAGGGAGGCAGUUUUACUGGGGUAGAACCGGAGGGACCCCUGUGGGCCCUACAGCCGCGGAGCCCAUUCAGGAGGUUUCUCCGGAAGGACGUACAGAGCCCCGUAAGGCUGGAGCUGUAUCUGCACAGGGAUCACCAACCGCUGGGACCGAUUCUAGCCACCGCCACCCAGGAGAGGGGACUCAUUGGGGAAGGAGUGAGGCGGAUCCCGGUGCGGGAGGGCAAGGUCCGGGGCAGCCUCUUCCUGCCGCCCGGAUCAGGCCCUUUUCCUGCCAUCAUUGAUUUGUAUGGCACGGGUGGCGGACUGAUGGAACACAGAGCCAGUCUCUUAGCCAGUCGGGGAUUUCUUACUUUGGCACUCGCCUAUUUUGACUACGACGAUCUUCCCAAAGGCAUAGGUGGACUUCACCUGAGCUAUUUCAAGGAAGCAUUGCAGUAUUUAAGAAGUCUCCCACAGGUUAACAAUCAAGAAGUGGGGGUUAUUGGCAUCUCAAAGGGUGCAGACUUGGCACUUUCUAUGGCAGCAUUUCUUACUGGCAUCAAGGCUGUUGUUAGUGUGUCUGGCUGUGGAGCUAAUUCCUUUGCCCCGCUACAGUGUGAAGAUUUUACACUUCCGGGCCUGGGGUUCAACCCAGAGAAGAUAAAGUUUACAGAAGCAGGGGUGUUGGACUUUUCAGAAGCCAUGGAUGAUCCAAAAGAACCAGCAAACCAGGCUUGCCUUAUUCCCGCAGAAAAAUCAACAGCUGCAUUUCUCUUCCUUUCUGGAUCAGACGACAUGAAUUGGCCUAGUUCUGCCUAUAGUGAACAGAUUGUGUUGCGCCUUAGAGCACAUGGAAAGGAUGCGGAAUCCCACACUUAUCCUGGGGCUGGGCAUCUAUUGGAACCCCCUUACUUUCCUUCGUGUCGGGCAUCCAAUCACAAACUUCUGGGUAUGCCAAUGUUAUGGGGUGGACAUCUCAGAGAGCAUGCUCGGGCACAGAAAGAUGCAUGGCAGAAAAUCCAGAGUUUCUUUUCUAAGCAUCUUAUUCAGUUUAAUUCUGCAAAUAGCCGACUGUAAAACUACUACAGAUAAACCCCAAUUGGAAGCCAUUUUCUCAAAUGAAAGCACCCAAUUAUUUUUUAAUGUGAAUUUUUAUAUUUAUAAAAUGUGUCUCUGUUGAAUUAAAUAAGUAAAGAGGUACUAUAUUAUUGAGUGUAGCAAUUUACACACCAAACUCGUUUAAUUAGUGGAGAAAAGGGUACUGCAUAAGUGCUAGAAUGUGUGGUCCAUCUGUAGCUUACAGUAUGUAUUGAAUAGAAUGAUAGAGCAGGGUUGUUUAGCUUCUGUUUUUAUCAGAUCUUAAGUAUCUAAUCAUGUAGUCAGCCACAUGUGUUACAGGCAGCUACUAGAAAACAAUACAUUAUAUAAACCGUUUUGAAUAAUUAAACAAUAGUGUAAUUUUGGCUGGGGGAAAUAAUCCUUGUUUAUUUAAAUGAAAACAGAAAAUAAUAUAUAUUUAAAUGUAAAAUUUUAAUGUAUAGCAAGCUCACCAGUUUUAUAAGAGAACCAAAUCCAGUUUAAGUCUGGGGGCCAUUUUGCUUUUUAUUUUUUUUUGUAAUGGGUUUCAUAAUUGAAUGGUUUAGUUUUAUUAAAAUAAUCGCCUACAUUAUGUUUGACUUGAUGAUUAAAUAACUGCCAAUGAUGAAAAAUAGAAAGCACAAUUAACACACAGUGGAGAAAGGGUUCAGUUGCUCAUGGGAGGAAAGCUUGAAGUGUUUCGUACAGACAAGAAAAUGACUUUUGUUCUGUCAGGGAAAUUAAGAGUUAAUACUUAAAGUCUGCAUAAUGUGCUAAAAGCUUGUGUUAUGAUAUGAGGAAAUGUGCUGAAGCAUAACUUCUCGUUUUCCCAUGCUACUUAUAACUUCAUUUCAGCCACUUACUGAUCGCACUUGAGAUAACAUAUAAUUUGAGACACAGCGACUUGCAACAUAGUGACUUGUGGUUACAGACCAAGUACAUUGGAAAAUGCCAACUCACUUGCCCAUAUUAGAAUGUGACAUCCGGCAAAGACCCCAAUAAAGUGAAAAGUACAGGGUCUUUCUGGGUGGAGUUGUGGGAGUGUUGUGGGAGUGUAUGACAACUAAAAGACUAUAAAAAGUCUAGCAAGAUAUGUAUAGAUCAGACAACCAUUGAUAUAUGCUUGUCUCUCUGCUGCAGACUAAAAUAAAUACUACCUUGCCUGAU